GAAGCUUUGGCGGCCGGGAGGGCCAGCCAGGCACAGAAGGGGCCAAGUCCCCCUUUGCGGGGGCGAGCUGAUGCCGGCCUCGGACAGCCCUGCGCACCCCACCCUACCGUAGGGCCACUCGCCCCACCAAAGGGGCCUCCAGCCCUGCGCCGCCGCCGGGCAGCGCCUCUCAGGCGGGGUCUUUCCCAGCCUCAACGGAGCACCUCCCGGCCACUUUCUGCAGACCCUGAGCAUGACAGACGGGCUGAUGAGCAAAGCGGCCACCAUGGAGAUACCCAUCCAUGGCAAUGGAGACUCCAGGCGUCUCGCUGAGGACGAUGGUCUGGAGCAGGACCUGCAGCAGGUGAUGGUGUCAGGGCCCAACCUGAAUGAGACCAGCAUUGUGUCCGGGGGCUACGGGGGCACCGCCGAGGGCAUCAUCCCCACCGGCACCAUCAAAGGUUCCGGUUUGCACCAGCCUCACUCCAACCAAGCUAUGGCAGGCGAGGAGGCCACACGAGGGGUUGCUGUGGAGAAAUUUGAUGUCGUCAAGAAAUGGGGCAUCAACACAUACAAGUGCACGAAGCAGCUGAUCUCGGAGCGCUUUGGCCGAGGCUCUCGGACUGUCGACCUGGAGCUGGAAACCCAGAUUGAGCUGCUGCGAGACACAAAGCGGAAGUACGAGUGUGUCCUGGGCCUGGCGCGGGCCCUCACCAACCACUUCUACAGCCUGGUGCAGACGCAGCACGCCCUUGCCGACGCCUUCUCAGACCUCAGCCAGAAGUCCCCCGAGCUCCAGGAGGAGUUCGGGUACAAUGCAGAGACACAGAAGUUGCUGUGCAAGAAUGGGGAGACCCUCCUGGGAGCCGUCAAUUUCUUCGUCUCCAGCAUCAACACACUGGUCAGCAAGACCAUGGAGGACACCCUCAUGACCGUCAAGCAGUACGAGACUGCCAGGUUGGAGUACGAUGCCUACCGCACAGACCUGGAGGAGCUGAACCUGGGCCCCCGGGAUGCCAGCACCCUCUGCCGCUUGGAUGCUGCCCAGGUCAACUUCCAGGCCCAUCGCUCGAAGUACGAGAAGCUGCGGGCAGACGUGGCGGUCAAGCUGAAGUUCUUGGAGGAGAACAAGGUGAAAGUGAUGCAUAAGCAGUUGCUCCUCUUCCACAACGCCAUCUCGGCCUACUUUGCCGGCAACCAGCAGCAGCUGGAGCAGACCCUGAAGCAGUUCAACAUCAAGCUGAAGAGUCCUGGGGCGGAGAAGCCCUCCUGGCUGGAGGAGCAGUGAACGCCUUGGCCCCCUCCCUCCCUCCCUCCCUUCCUCCUGGGCCUGGACUCUGAUCUGGUGUGUGGGGAGGGGGAGCUCAGGCCUCCUUCCUGUGCCCCAAACUGCCUUUGGAGGAGGGGGGCAGCUCACGCCUGGGAGGAUCCCAGCAGUAGGAACAGUUGCUUUCCUCUCCUCCUGUCCCCCUCCCCCAGCGUUUCCUGAGGCUGGUUUAGUGGCCCCUCACCCCCUCCAUCUGGGUUGGAGGCCUUUGAAUCCUUCCCCAGACUUAUCUCCUGGCUCUGAAAAGAGUGCCCCCCCGUGCCAUGCUGGAAGGUCAGCGUAGAAUGUUGCCUGUGCACUUUGAAACACUCGGGGGGGGGGGGCUGAAGGGAGAACGGCCACCAAAGAGGGUCUUACAUUGGCGGGGGCAACUUCAUUGGUUGCUCCCUUGUGCAGCAAGCAGCGAGAUGUGUGGCCCGUGAGGUGCCCCCAGCCUAUGCUGCAGUCCCCCACUGGCGUAAAUAGGGAGGGGGGCAGUGGCUUCCCAUCUGCCCCCCACUGCUGCUCUGUGCCAGCGUUUGUCGGGGGGUUCCUGCAUUUGGGUAGUUCUGGCCUCUGUGUUUUUGCUCCAAAUGGAGAGGCAGCCUCCCCCCCCCCCCCGCACAAGAGAUCUCGGCCUUGAUAUGCUGCUGUUGGGGAGUAGGGAGGACGAAGAGCCCAGGCUUAGACCCCCCACCCCACCUCGCAAGUGAGGAGGGCAAGGACCAAAAAGUAGCCUGUCACCAGUCUGGUGGUGGGGGACAAAUUGGUGUGUGUGCGCGAAGUGUGUGUGUGUGUGUGUGGGCAUGUCUUUUAUGGCCAGUAUCCCUGUGUUGUAUUCCUGGGUGAGUGGUGGUGGCGCAAUGGGGGGCUGGGAAGAGGUGCUUCUUUCUUGCUAGGUCAAGCCCCUGGGCGACACCUCCAACUCCCUCUGUAAAGAUUCCAGAAUAAAUGGUACAAAACAGAACCUGCCAUGGUCCUCUUGUAGGUGCCACGGUGAUGAUCUGCACCCCCAGCUUGGCAUAUUUCUGCUCCCUGGUGGGCCCUCUUGUUCCCCCUGAUUUGGGUUGGGAUGGUGGAGCUGCAGUGGUUGGCAACACGAGACCUGAGCAGUAGUCCCCCCCCCCCGUCUAGGUCCAGACACGCUGGCUGCGUUGAAGCCAGAGUGGGGAAAGGGACAGCCUGAUGCUCUCAGCCCUUCCCCUCCUCGGCGAGAGGGGAGGUGCGAAUUGUUGUAGUCUCGCUUGGAGGGCCUUGCAGGAGGCCGUGGAGACUGCACGACUGGCCAGGGCCUUCCUUCCAGCUCCUACGGCCUGGCUUGGUGUCCCUGGGCCUAAUUUCACAUGCCUUUAGGAGCAGUCCUGGGGCAUUGCUUAGCCCUCAAAGCUCUGCCACCUCCAGAUCAGCCGCUGUGGCUUGCCCCACCCCUCCAAGUGUGCUGGUUUCAGUCAGAGGAACAUGACUUGUAUGGAUGGAGAGGAAGGGUGCAGGGACCCAGCAUAUGGUGGCGAUGGAGACAAUCAAAAGGAUUGUGCAGAAAUAAAAUACAAAAUUCUGUUUCUAACUCUGAAGAAAAA